GGUGUCCUGCCUUCGGAGCGUGGUACCUGUGUCUUGCAAUCCAUCAAAUGCAUUGCAUUUGUCUUCAGACACUGACGUAGGAAGUGCAGGCGAGAGGGAGAAUGCUUGGCGAUUUCAGGUCAUAAGGUGGCGUUUGAACUUGUACGCGGUUGCAUUGGAUGGUUGCGACAAUGCAGCGUUAAGUUGGUACGUGGCGGCAUUGCGGAAAAGCAUGCUGAGACUGGAAUGCAUUGUAGGUCUUCUGCUUUGAUCAUAAGAGAGCUCUUCGCUUGUUGACUCCUUUCAGAUGGCUGCCACGAGCGUUAGGUUACUGACACGAAAUCUAGAAGGUCUUGCGACUGAUCGCGCAGGUUGGAGACAGGGCGAUGCGAGCAACAGGAAAUGCUGUAGACAAGCCUGUCAACAAGCCCUAACAACUCAAGUGGUUGGGAAAGCUGGGUCGCGCAAUCUGCUUUGUCGAGACAAAGGGGAUCUUCAUAGAAAGGGCUGGCUUCAGGGGGAGCAUGUGUUUGGAUCCGAAGUAGAGCAGCCCGAAAGGCAAAGGCGACUAGCUCUUUCAAGCAGAAGCGCAAGAAAGGUGGGUUGCCGAGCUUCAGCCGGCGUCGCACCUGGGGAGAAGAAAAGGAUUGUGGUCACAGGCCUCGGGGUGGUAUCCUGCUAUGGCACUGAUGUCAACCACUUCUAUGAUCAGCUGCUGGCGGGCAAGAGUGGGAUCACGCACCUUGAGAACUUUGAUGCUGCAGCAUACCCCACGAAAAUCGGUGGAGAAAUCAAACGGGAUGACUUUGAGACUGGCGACUACAUCAAUCCCAAGAUGGCCCGGCGGAUGGACAACUACAUCCGGUAUCUGAUGGUGGCGGGGAAGAAGUCGCUGGAGGAUGCGGGGCUUAGCACGGAGGUCAUGGAGUCAUUGGACAAGGCCCGGUGCGGGAUCCUCAUUGGAUCCGCCAUGGGGGGGAUGCAGAUCUUCACGGAUGCCAUCGAGGCGCUCAACACCAACUUCAAGCGGAUGAACCCGUUCUGCAUCCCGUUCGUGUGUUCGAACAUGGGAAGCGCCAUGCUGGCAAUGGACCUGGGCUUCAUGGGCCCAAAUUACUCGAUCGCGACGGCCUGCGCUACAGGAAACUAUUGCAUCCUCAGUGCGGCAAACCACAUCUGGAACGGAGAGGCGGACCUGAUGCUCUGCGGGGGAUCAGAUGCGGCCAUCCUUCCUAUCGGGUUGGGUGGCUUCGUGGCUUGUAAAGCUCUGUCAAAGAGGAAUGACGCGCCGGAGAAGGCCUCUCGGCCGUGGGACACGGAUCGGGACGGUUUUGUAAUGGGGGAGGGCGCAGGCGUGUUGAUACUUGAGGAGUUGGAGCAUGCAAAGCGAAGAGGGGCGAAAAUCUACUGCGAGUUUUUGGGGGGCAGCUUUACAUCUGACGCACACCACAUGACAGACCCCCACCCCGAAGGCGCGGGUGUCGAGAUGUGUUUGCAAAGGGCGUUGGAGAGCAGCGGGGUGGCGGCAGAGGACGUCAACUACGUCAAUGCACAUGCGACGUCGACCCUGGCGGGGGACCUCCAAGAGUACAAGGCCCUGCACAGGGCCUUUGGAAGCAACGCUGACCUGAAGAUGAACUCCACCAAGUCUCUCAUCGGUCACUUGCUGGGGGCGGCGGGGGCGGUCGAGGCCGUUGCAACCGCGCUCGAGACAGGCUGGGUACAUCCAAAUCUGAAUCUAGAAAACCCGGAACCCCUCGUGGACAACAACGUUUUGGUCGGUGGUCAAAAAGAAAAGCUUGACAUCAAGGUUGCUCUGUCCAAUUCAUUUGGCUUUGGAGGCCACAACUCCAGCAUACUCUUUGGUCCCUACAAGGCUUGAUCAACAAGGAGGAGACACUGACAGUAGAGAACCUUGGGCAUGGGCAGCAAGCUGCUUCGCUUGAACAUGGUGCUCGUGCCCUCAGAAGAUCCUUAGUUUUUUGGGUUGUAAGGAGCUCAUUUUGCUCCAUUCGUGUUGCCAUUGGACACGAGUACUAAGGUACUUGCUAUAACUCGAGCUCGUCUAUCCUUAGAGGUUCUGCAAUGCAACUACGUAUUCGUGCGCGGUCAACUCCCGGCCUCAUUUCCAGUGCAUAAGAUAGACAAGUUGACUUCCUCAGCGUGUUCGGUCGAUCAGGCCCGGACGUGUUGAGCCUGCGAAAAGGACACAAAUAUC